AUGGGCGCAAUCACUGUGGCAUGGAUUAAAUCUGAUUCAAAAGCAAUACUUGGUAUACACACACACAUGGUCUCACUAAACCCAAGAUUAUCGGUGACACAUAACGGCCACAAUACCUGGAAGCUUCACAUAUCACGUGUACAGAUAAACGACUCCGGCAGCUACAUGUGCCAAGUUAAUACAGAUCCUAUGAAAAGCCUUUCCGGAUACCUAGAUGUAGUUGUGCCGCCAGAUAUUUUAACCCAUCCAGAACAUAAUUCUGAGGAAAGUGUCAGCACAGAGGGAGGAAGUAUUUCGCUCGUAUGCAGUGCGACAGGUGUUCCAAAACCAAAGGUUCAAUGGAGACGUGAAGCAGGGAAGGAAAUUAUACUUCGCGCAGAAAGCAGAGAUAAACAAGUUCUAAAGUCGGUGGAAGGAGAAAGGCUUGUAUUGACCAAUGUACAUCGUACUGAUAUGGGUGGCUACAACUGCAUUGCAUCUAAUGGAAUACCGCCAUCAGUUAGCAAACGUUUCGACGUCUACGUCAAUUUUUCUCCAACAAUUAAAGCAAUUAAUCAGUUGGUUGGAGCACCCGUGGAAAGAGAAGUAACAUUGGAAUGUGUUGUGGAAGUUUAUCCCAAGCCACUUAAUGGGUGGUACCGUAACGAAGACAAUUUAAAAAUACACAACGGGAACAAAUAUAAUAUUUCAGAGGAAAUGAUUAACUUGUACACAUGGCAUCUCAACCUUACUAUAAGACACCUGACUAAAUCGGACUUUGGAACUUAUAGUUGUUCAAGUGUUAAUGGGCAAGGCAAGAGUGAAUCACGCAUAAGAUUGCAAGAACUACGAUUACCGCCCAAGCCGCCGACGACACCACAACCUUACGUUCAAACAACUGGAAAACCGCGUCGGAAGCAGCCACUCGGUCACAACAGGGGACUGAACGAAGUGGUGCGUGCCAAGGAAACCCAUUUUUUAAAUCAAAUGCAGCAGGAGAAUGGUAUAUACAGCGGUGGGAUUGAUGUGUUGCAGAGUGCCAACAGUGGAAAUUCUGGGGGCGCUUUAGAAAGUGGAAACGUCAACGACGGCAUGAUAAACGGAGCGGAAGUACUUACCGAUCUACCCUCACGUAACGGAUAUGAAAAGACUUACCGGCCGCCUGGACCCAUACCAUCACCACAUACACCUCGAAUAUUUAGAAAUGCAGGCUCACGACUUCAUGCUUUUACUACGAAUGCGACAGUGGUGUUAGUAAUAAUUUUAUGGAAGAUGUCCUUGGAUUCAAAAACUUUUAAUACUGUGGACAGAAUUAGCUCUCACAGCAUUUAAAAAAUUGGAAGUAAAGCACUCUGAAGCUACAAAUAAACAUCCGAAGCAGCCGCUACGUUAUGUUAGUUCCGUUUUCUUAUUGCUUUGGAAUGUUUUUGAUCUGGAAGCGACGCCAAUCCUACAAUACUAGUUUAUACAUUUAUCUAAAUAAGCUGUAUGUAAGUAUAGAACAUUAAAAUUAAAACAAGAGAAAACGCUUUAAUCGACGGUCUCGGCUAUCAGAUACCAGAUUACUUAGCUAUCAAAAAAGCGCCAUCUAACGU